AUGUCGCAGGAUAAGGUUAAAAGCGGCGAGAAGGUUUCCUUAUCCACUGAAAGUAGAGAAAAGGUGCCGAAGGCGGGAAUAGCAAAAGAGGAGAAGAAGAAGCAGAUUACGAAAAUUAGAGACUCAGAGGCAGGAGGUCUACCAAGCGUGAAGAAUGAGGACUUCUUUCACGGAUUUGUGCCCAGAGAGCAGGUGGGACUUGACGUAUCCACUAAAAAGUACAAUAGGGCUUGCUCAUGCCUGUUUCCCUGA